GGCAGCAACAGCAGCCGCCGCCGAGAGCGGAGCGGGGGACUGGACUGGGCGGGCGGCAGCGGUGCUUGUGGCCGGGCUGGGAGUGGAGCCGGCAAGGGGGAGCGGAUCUUGGCGAGGCCGGGGCUGGAGCAGCGCCUCCUCCGGAUUUCCCCUGCACCCCCUCCCCCGUCCUGGUUUUGUCCUUGCUGCUCUUCCAGGCUCCUCUGGUUGAUUGAUCGGCUAUUGAUCGGUUAAAGGGGCCCUACCGCUCGGGAACAGCGACGCCAGGAUCGGACUAAGCCGCUGCUCCUUUAAGCCCAGUCGGGAGGGGGGGGGGAUCCAGAGAUGCGCCCUUGAUCUCCAGUCAUCCUUCCGCCCUUGAGUUCCUUCAUGCCCCCGCUCCCCUUCUCUUUCACACCUUCCCUAAUGCGCGUCCACCACCCCCAGGGGGAGAGGCGAAGAGGAAGACGCGGCAGCGCCGCUGCCGAGCCCCACAGGCAGCCCCCCUCCAGCCCUUCUUCCUGAUUUCUCUUCUGUCGAUCUCUUCAACCCCCUCCCUUUCAUUGUACCAUCACCCCAACUCUUUCUAUUGCAAAAUAUUGGGCUCCCAGGGCUUUGCUUUUCCAUCGGCUGCGUGUGCAUGCAGGCAGAAUUCUCCUAGGCAGGCGAGAGCUCUAGGUUCAGCUUCUCCCCUCGCGCCUUGAAUGGGUAAAACGAUUUUUUAAAAAAAAUCUAUGUGCAUUCUCUGUAUUGGGUUUAAUCUGUAAAGGGGCCUGGAUUAUUUAUCCUCCAAUUUACUCGAUCCGGAGCUCCCGUUUUCUUUCUUUCCUUCCUCGCUAGUGUGAUAGAAACCCCUCUUCUCUCUGCCUCCUCUCUUAAUUAUUCCUUGUCUUUUUCUUUGGUUGAAUUUGGGGUAUUUUUUUGCAUGUGGUAAAGGUGAAAGCUGUCUGAUCCAUUGGCCUAUUCGUUCAUUUUUGUUGUUGUUUCGUUACUGAGAGAGCAUUAAGGAACUGUGGUGAAAAUAAUAUAUUUGUACAUGCAAUUUUUAAAUACAUAUAUUUAUUUAAAAGGGGGGAGACCCAAGAUGGCUGGAGGUGGCUGUGAGGAGCAUGUAGGUUUUUUUUGAUCUGAUGAUAAAAGCUAAAAGGCACAGCAGCUGCGGCUGUAUAAACUCAAUUUAGAGCCCUCCUCUUCCCUCCCUCGUUUCUCCCCCCCCCCCACUGACACAUCAGGCGCACACUUUGCAGGGUGGUGCCAUCCUCCAGGCCUCUCUCCUUUUUUCUCUUCUUAAUAGAUUUGUUUCUUCUUUCUUCAAUUAAAUAUAUUCACCAAUUUUUAAAAAUCAGCUCAAAAUGGCUGAGGAUUGGCUGGGUCCUCCUGGAAUUGUACAUUUCAGCAGUUCCCUUUAAGCUUGUGAGUGUCUCUUCUCCUCUUCCCCCCCCCCCCCACUUUUGCAGGCUGGUUCCAAAAGGAGAAAUAGCUUUCAUGUCAGAAGGAAAACAGAGAAGCAAAGGGGAAGAGGCGGGGGCUGGGCUCUUCAUUAGCAGUUGAGAAAUUCCUUUUCAGUUUGAUCAAGGCAUACUUGCUUUCCUUCCAGCAAGAGCAACCCAUCACUCUCCAAAAGACUGAGAAUUUUUGAGAGGGGAGUAUUGUUUCCAUUUCAGUCUUAUUAAAAUCAGAAGGGAGACCUGAUUUUGAGAGGAAGAAAUCCCAGGGUAUACUGAGAGCAGGUUGAUUCUCUUGGUUGAAUUCAGUGGUUUCCACCCUCCUGAGACUUCGUUUUUUCCUUCUCAUUCCUAUUUGUGAAAGGAGCAAAGGAUGGGAGGGUUCUUUUGGCUCUGGGCUGGAAUUUCAUCCGAAUGACUGACCCGUCUUCCUACUGAGAUUGCACUGUCCCAAAGCCAAGGAAGAAUUUUUUUCUGCACCAUUCAGCUGCGUUAGAAGCUAGAUCCAAUUUUUCUGCUUUUUAAAAAAACCUUGCAUUUGGAUUUUAUCUCUGAUUUUUUGUAGUUAAUUAAAGACUUGAAUUCUGAACUCUCUUAUGGGAGGAAAAAGAAUUGAAAAGAAUUCUUUUGGGGUUUAGUCAGGAGGUAUAAAAGCCUCUUAAGAUACUGAAUGUUGGGCAGAAAACUGUCAUAAAAUACCGAAGCUGCAGUUUUUAACUUGGCCAGCUUAUAUGGAACCUGGACUCCUUCCUUCUGGAUUUUGUAUGGAUUUUUUUUCGGUUCUGGCAACUUAGUGGCCUUUCUGUUGCAAAAGUGGAAAUUUGUCAUCUGCAUCGCUAGACCAAAAACUGAUUUUAAAAAGAGAAUUUCCUUAAACAGAAAUCUCUGUGGUGUGAGACAUGGCUGAAAACUGGAAGAACUGUUUUGAAGAAGAGCUUAUAUGCCCUAUUUGCUUGCAUGUCUUUGUGGAACCUGUCCAGCUUCCUUGUAAGCACAAUUUUUGUAGGGGAUGCAUAGGAGAGGCGUGGGCCAAAGAGACGGGGUUGGUGCGUUGUCCUGAAUGUAACCAGGCCUACAACCAGAAGCCCAACCUUGAGAAGAACUUAAAGCUGACCAACAUCGUAGAGAAAUUCAACUCACUCAACCUGGAAAAGACCCCCACAGUCUUGCACUGUGUCUUCUGCCGCCGUGGGCCACCUUUGCCUGCCCAGAAGAUCUGUCUGAGAUGUGAGGCUCCAUGCUGCCAGUCCCAUGUUCAGACACACCUGCAACAACCUUCCACAGCGCGUGGGCACCUCCUGGUGGAGGCAGAUGACGUCAGGGCCUGGAGCUGCCCCCAGCACAAUGCCUACCGGCUAUACCACUGCGAGGCUGAGCAGGUUGCUGUUUGCCAAUUCUGUUGUUACUACAGUGGGGCACACCAGGGACACUCCGUGUGUGAUGUGGAGAUCCGGCGCAAUGAGAUCAGGAAAAUGCUGGUGAAGCAGCAGGACCGCCUGGAAGAGCGUGAGCAAGACAUUGAGCAGCAGCUGUACAAGUUGGAGUCUGACAAGCGGCUGGUUGAAGAGAAAGUGAACCAACUGAAGGAUGAGGUGCGCCUGCAGUAUGAGAAGAUGCACCAGAUCCUUGAUGAGGAUUUGCGCAAGACUAUGGAGAUUCUAGACAAGGCUCAGGCUAAGUUCUGCAAUGAGAAUGCUGCCCAGGUGUUGCACCUUAGUGAGCGCAUGCAGGAAGCCAAGAAGCUGCUCAGCUCUGUUCAGGUCAUGUAUGACAAGACCGAGGACAUCAACUUCAUGAAGAAUACCAAGUCUGUGAAAAUCUUAAUGGAUAGGACUCAGAACUGCACAGGAGGCAGCCUGCCCCCUCCCAAGAUUGGCCACCUCAACUCCAAGCUCUUCCUGAAUGAGAUUGCCAAGAAGGAGAAACAAUUGAGGAAGCUGCUGGAAGGUCCCUUCAGCACUCCGGUGCCCUUCCUGCAGAGCAUCCCCAUGUACCCCUGCAGUGUCAGCAACUCAGGAGCUGAGAAACGCAAGCACGCCACAGCUUUCCCAGAAGGGAGCUUCCUGGAGCCUUCCUCGGGGCCUGUUCCCAGCCAGUAUGUGAGCCAGGGGGCUUCAGCUGGCGAAGGCCAGUCUGCACAAUCCAUGGUGCCUUGUAGCUCCACCCAGCACAUUGUAGGACUCCCCAGCGGCCCCCAGCCUGUACACUCUGGCUCAAUGUUCAACCCUUCCCACUACCCCAACAGCACAUCAUCUCAGCAGUCUGUGCUGUCUCAGUAUGGUGGGCGCAAAAUCCUGGUCUGCUCAGUGGACAAUUGUUACUGUUCCUCAGUAUCCAAUCACAGUGGGCACCAGCCAUACCCCCGGUCAGGCCACUUUCCGUGGACAGUGUCAUCGCAGGAAUAUUCCCACCCACUUCCACCUGCUCCAUCUGUACCUCAGUCACUUCCAGGAUUGGCAGUGAGGGAAUGGAUUGAUGCAUCGCAGCAACACGGACGCCAGGAUUUCUAUAGAGUUUAUGGUCAGCCUUCCACCAAACACUAUGUCACCAGUUAACCAUCUGGCUUGAAUAGAAUCUUGUUAACUUUUGAAGAUCUUUUUAAAGUCUGGGGGUUUUUUUUGUUGUCGUUGUUUUUAAAUCAAAUCCAUUUCCACUUAUACCCUGCCAUAUACCGCAGUCUGAGAGGGGCAUUGGCAUCAUCUCUAGUUUUAAUUUGAUUUUAAAAAGUCCUCCCCUGUACCAGGAUUGGGGCGGGAGGGGAAGCUGCAGAAGAAAAUAACAAGAAUUUCAAUCAAGAAUCUACUUCUGGAUCAUGUGACCUUGCUACUUACCAGUUUGGAAAACUUUUAAAAGGGACAAAAGAUCCUUUUCUAUUUCAAGGUCUAUGGGCUGUUUGGUUUUGCUUUUUACAUUCUUUCUCCUUCCCAUUUUUUAAGAAAAGUAUUUCUAUCAUUGAUUCAUUAAGAAAUGAUACUUGUAGGGUUUUUUAAGGCUGAUUUUUUUUGUGUUAACAGGCCAUGUAUCGUGCAUAUUGGCAUUUUUCUUCUUCUUUCAGAGAUUUGUAAAUACACAAUGGCAGGAAAUGAAAUGCACAAAAAAAGGGAAAAGAAACUUUUAAAAAAAUAAGAAAUUUAAAAAAAUCUGUUUUAGUUUCCUGGGGGGAAGUGUGUGCCAAGAUGGACACAUUCCUUCCUAUGUUUCGUUGAUGCAACUUCCUCUAACAAGCACUUUGUAUUAAAAAAGUGGACUUCCUGUUAUAAGGCGCAGGUAUUUAUUCUGUAACCAAUUUUAGAACACACACAAAAAAUAUUCAAAUAAAUGUGAUCACUUAGUGCAAA